AUGAAAAAUAUGAAUUUUUUGAUAAAUAAAAGUAUAUUUUUUAUUUUUUCCAAAAUAACAACGUUUUUUUGUUGGGCAGAAAAAAAAAAAUUAAAUGAACAAGUCAUAAAAUAUGUAGAGAAUUCGAAAAUAAUUAAUCAUCCAAUAGACACAAGUAUAACAAACUUUUACUUUAUUUCAAAUGAAAUAAACAAACUUGUAAACAUAAGAAAUAAGCUGCUUGUUUGUGAUAAGCAAAGUAGGAAACGAAUAACGGAGAAAUGCUUCAAUCUGUACUGCUUUUUAAUUACAAGUGCAAAAUUAAAAAAAAAAAAUAAUAAUUUUUUCAAAAGAAAAAUUCUGGAAUAUGUGGAGGAGACCAUUGCUAGAAGUAUUGAAAAAAUAAAAAUUGAGGAUAUAGAUAAGAAACUCAUUCCGUAUAGUAUAUACAUAAGAAGCGAAAAGUCGCUCGGUAGUUUAGUGGCAGACUUGAAUAUAGCCUGCUCCAGUUAUCUCAAUAAAAUCAACAGCGUCAGGAUAAGACACUUGAUAAUAGACAAGGAUGAAAUAAACAUCGAUGAGGAGUGGAAGAAGAAGCACGAAUGUUUCUUUAACAAGAAGAAACUUAAAAUACCUAUAAGCAAACAUAAUUAUGAGUAUAUUUUGAACGGUUUACAUAAAUCCAGUUUGAGAAAGCAAGUCCUUUACUUGCUUAACAUUCCGUUUGAAAACAAAAAUUUAAAUAAAGAUGUAAUAAAUAUAUUAAAAAAAAGAUAUGACAUAGCUACUAAAAUGGGGUAUAAAAAUUGGGCACAUUAUUCCAUAUCACACUUUACUAGUGAAAAGAAUAAUUAUGAUAAAGUAAAUGACUUUCUUGCAUUAGUAAAGAUGAAAAUAGACAAAGAGUAUGAUACAGUAAAAUGUAGUAUGGAAAAGACAAUUAAUCUAGAAAAAAGUACCAACAUGCAGGUUAACAUUGAUGAUAAAAAGGAUAGUUGUGUCAAGUUAGCCAUAUAUGACUGGAAUUAUUACUAUAAUAAAAUUCUGAACAAGUCAGAUGAAUAUUUAAUAAAUACAUAUUUUCCACAUGCACAUGUUUUGAAAAAUUUUCUUAUUAUUGUUUCAAAAAUUUACAAUUUUGCAUAUGAGGAGGUGAAACAAGAGGCAGGUCAAGAGAGAUGGGGAAAGAAUAGUCAUAUCUAUAAAAUAAAAAAGAAGCGGAAUGAGAAAAUUAUGAAUAGUAAUAUUAUGAAUGGUAAGAACUUGUUAGAUAAUACAAGAAGAGAACAAGACAAGAGUGGAAGUAAUUUAUUAGGGUAUAUAUAUAUAAUGCCUUAUAAGGACAUCAGUUUUAUGGAUUAUUUUAGAAUUCCGUUAAUAGAUUCUUUACCAAAUACAUGUUUAAUAUGUGCUGGUCAUGUACUAAUUGAUUAUAGAUUUCUCAGUAGUGUACCGAUCGAAAAGAAGCUAUUUAGUUGUUCCGAAAUUUUAACAUUAUUUCAUGAAUUUGGUCAUGCAUAUCAUUUAUUAUUUUUAUCUACUAAAUAUAAUAUGUACAGGAUGUCAAAUAUGCCAUUAGAUUAUGCUGAAUUGUUUUCUCAUAUUAAUGAACACGUUGCUAAUAAUUAUAAUAUUAUGUACAAUUUAUCAAAUAAUAUAAAUGACAAUUCUAAGAUCAAUGAGUACCUUUUUAAAACGAUGAAAUUUGAUUACUCACGACUGGCCAAUAUAUUUUCCCAGUCGAUGCUUGACUACGCAAUUCAUAAUCUCGACCCGUAUGCGUUUUUUGAGGGUCAUCAAGGUAUGGUAAGCUGUGCAGAAGUGGUAAUACGCAGCAUACGGGGAACACGCAGCAAAAAUUGUAAUUCACAUAGAGAUAGUGAUAAAUAUGGGAUGCAUACAUAUCAUGAAAAUAGUUAUGACCAUUCCUUGGACAAAUUUUACAGUACCGUUGAAAAGUAUUUUCCGUAUAGUUUUUCUUCUCACUAUUCUAUACAUUCAACUAGUUUUCCGUACCAUUUUUCAUGUUGCUAUGCUGGAUCGGUCUUAAGUUAUCUGUUCGCUGAAAUGCGGGUGCUCCUUAACUUUUCAACAGAUAACUUAUCUUUAAAAAAAUAUAGCUCCUUAGUUUCAUUUCAAAGAAAAUUUUACGAGAUUAUUGAGGACGAUUUGACAUUUGAUGCGAACCCUUCAAUAAUAACUCAUGCACUGGCUAACAAAAAAAUGCUUUUAAGAAAAGCAGCUCAUUACUGA